AUGCCUAAAGUUGUGGGAAAUGAUGCAGAAGAAGCAAGGCGAAUACAAGUACGAACAUCUCCAAAUGUUUUGUAUAGUUGUAUACAUAACCUUAGCAAGGAACAGGAAGCGUAUAUUUCUUCUAUUGGUCUGGGGCAUUUGUUGAAUAUGAAAGCGGAUGGGUAUGAAUCAACUAUGGGGCAUUAUACUGUAAGGAAUUUUGAUGCAGAUAGGAUGGUACUCAUCCUUCAUCAUGGUGAUAUACCAAUUAAUCGGCAGGUUAUUCACGAACUGUUGGGUUUGCCUCUAGGAAAUGUUACAAUAAAGUCAAUGGCUUAUAGAGAAGUUACAGACGACACGAUAACUGUUUGGAAGAAAUAA